GAUCCUGCCCUGCGUAUUGGCUGUAACGUUAUGUAAAUGUGUCCCCUGCGAGUUGCCGCUCCCUCUGCUUCUGAUAAUCUCUGUGCCCGUGUGAGUCUGUUAUUGUUCCAGCCCACUGAGUUGAUGGUAUGAGGCUGUUGCUGCUGUUAGCUUUUAGCACCGCUGCUACAUCCAGAAGCAGCGCCUCCUCCUCCUCCUCGCCGGAGCCGCGAACCAAAACAAAGAGGAUGAUGAGGGAACGCGUUUGUCUUAGUAACAGCAGGUUCAGCUCACAGUCCUGCUCCCCUCAGCGCUCAAUGAGGCCGAGCAGAGGCUGAACACGGGACAGUCUGAGAGGACAACUGACCAGCCUGGAGCAGGUGGCCGGUGGAAGGCGAGGCUUGGCAGAAUGGAGAUAGAUGCCCGCUUCCGUUACUACUUUCAGCACCCAUGGUCACGGCUGGUUGUGGCCUACCUAGUGACCUUCUUCAACUUCCUUAUCUUUGCUGAGGACCCUGUGUCCCACAGUCAGACAGAGGCACACAUGAUAGUGGUGGGGAACUGCUUCUCCUUCAUAGUAAAUAAAUACCCAGACGGAGGAUGGAACGUCCUGAAGAUUGUGAUGUGGAUCCUGGCGAUCUUCACAGGUCUCGUUGCUGGGAAGUUCUUCUUCCAUCGAAGGCUGUUUGGCCGGUACCUGCGUCUGAAGAUGUUCCGCGAGGACCAUGGCUCCUGGAUGACAAUGUUCUUCAGCACUAUCCUCUUCCUCUUCAUCUUCUCUCACAUCUACAACCUCUUGCUCCUCAUGACUGGAGGCAUGGGUCCGCACAUGGUCACAGAGUACAUGGGCAUAAGGAAUGAGAGCUUUAUGAAAAUGGCUGCUGUUGGUACGUGGAUGGGAGACUUCGUGACUGCAUGGAUGGUGACGGACAUGAUGCUGCAAGACACGCUCUACCCAGAGUGGGGACAAACCGCCCGACGCUUCUGGAAAAAGGGCAACAACAGAAUUGUGCUUUUCUGGACAGUGUUGAUCUCUCUGACGUCUGUGGUGGUACUGGUCAUCAGUACGGAUUGGAUUAGUUGGGAUAAUCUGAAUCGUGGGUUUCUACCAAGUGACGAAGUCUCCAGAGCUUUUCUCGCCUCCUUCAUUCUCGUCUUCGACCUCCUCAUUGUAAUGCAGGAUUGGGAGUUUCCACACUUCAUGGGUGAUUUGGACAUGAAUCUGCCUGGCCUUUCCACGACCCAGCUAAAAUUUAAACUACCAGUCUGCAAACGGAUCUUUAAGGAGGAGUAUCACAUUCACAUCACAGGUAAAUGGUUCAACUAUGGUAUCAUCUUCUUGGUUCUCAUUCUGGACCUCAACAUGUGGAAGAACCAGAUUUUCUAUAAGCCCUAUGAAUAUGGUCAGUAUGUUGGCCCAGGAGAGAAGAUCUACACAGUGGAAGAGCCGGACACCCUUAGCCACUUCAACCGUAGCACACUAACCUGGGAGUGGCGCUCUACUAACAUAGACCCCCGCACCAACCUCACCUACAUCCACAGAGACAUGUUCCUCCAUAGCCGCUACAUCGGCGCCAGCCUGGACGUGAAGUGCUUGGCCUUCAUUCCAAGCCUGGCUGCCUUUGUUCUCUUUGGCUUCUUUAUCUGGCUUUUUGGACGCUUCCAGGACAGCGAGACGUUUCCGGAGAGCCAGGACAAAACGUACGAGCGCAUCAAACGCAAAUCACCUUCAGAUCUGGGCGUCACGCCAGAGGAAGUUCACGUGUCCAUGAGCGAGACUCUGAAAAGAAGUGGAACACCCAUGCUGCUGCUGGUGGAUGCCCAUCACUUUGGUACCUCUGCUAACUCCAUAUCACCCUGUUCUAAUGAGACCCAGGAGACACAGCCUAGCAUCUCUUUGGAUAAAGCAGCAUGUCCAGAAGCUGCAGAUGUCGACAAACUGUCCCCAUGAACUUAUAACCCUUAAAAAAGCUAAUACAGACUAAUGAAGGUGAGGUAUAUUUCUGCUGACCUCUUGCAACUCUGUCUUUGCCUUUGUGGUUCAUCAAUGAAGACCAAACAUGUGUCCAACUCGGGGCCUCCAAAGAGAACCUUGCAAGCUGGCUCCUGGAACUAUAAAUGAACUUACUGUAAAACCGUAAGAGAGGAGAACAUAAGAAAUAACCCAGUGUGGUGGUCUUUUCUACAUUUUAAUAAUAAGCUUUUCAAGACACCAUUUGUGGCACCAAACUUUUGAAACGCUAAGCAGGUCAAGAUUCUUUUCAUCAGAGAUGAGGUAUGGCAUACGGUCCAAUGGUGCUUAACAUUUUAUUUUCUCUACUGUCUUUUUUAUUGAGCUAUUUGGUGCCUACAUGGAAAACCUAUUUAUAUAUAAAGUGCAUGGCAAAAUGGUCAUGAUGAAUAUUCUCCAGAGAAAGCUGUGCCUUUAAUAAAUUAUGUCCAUUCAUGGACACAAAAUUAAAAAGUGUUUGGUCACAUCAUACACUAAGUUCAGCUUUUACAACUUUUUUUUUUAUAUAUUUUGUUAUCUGAUACUAAUUUGAAAGCUGUCAUCAAAGGAUUUUGUAACACCAAAGCAUAUUAUUCCAAACUGCAAGCCAAAACAGCAGUGAUCAUAUCAAAAGUCUUGAUUUUUUCAAUAAUCCAUGCCUUGUUUAUCAUGAUUGUUUAUCACUAAGCAAGUGUCGUCAACACAUGCAUCAGCUUCUGUCUGUGUGCACCUUCUGUUUAGCACUACUGAUAUGUUAGAACUAAUUUACUGUUGAUCUUUUUGACGUGGUGUGUCAUUUGUUUCAUGUUUAGGAUGAAUAAUAAAGAUUGGUAUGAUGAUGGUAAGAUGAAGAAGAUAUGUUUAGUGGCGUCACAAGCCAGUGACACUGUUUUACCACCUAAUUUCUGGAGUCUGAUCUGUCAGUCAUUUAGCUGAAAAUUUGACCAAAGUGGUUUGUUUGUACUUUAUUUUACAUUCAUUAAAAUGACUGUUUUCGUUCUCCUUUAAUGUUUAUGUUGUGUUAUUGAUGACCAACAGUUUGCAUUGUUUCAUUUCAUUUCAGUUUUUCUAACAAAAAAAAGCUUGUGUCAUGUUUGUUGAAUAAACAUUAGUUCCAUUUG